AUGUGGAACAGCUACCUGAGGGAGUUCACGGCGGAGGCCUGGCUGUUGGGCUGCGCGGUCCUCGUGCUAUUGGCUCUGACCUUGACCCUGGUGAUGAGGUUCUCGCCCGGGGAUGACCCUGUGGCUGUCGGCGAUGCUAUCAUGGUCGUUGUUGCUGCCCUCUGCCAGACGGGCACCACCAUAAACUUCAGCGCCUACUCGAGUCGCAUACUGGUCAUUGCCCUUUUCCUCACAUGUGUACUAGUAUACACAUUUUAUACGUCGUUCCUGAUCUCGGCUCUGACCGUGAAUAAGAUCGUGCUGCCCUUCAGAACCCUGCAGGAGAUGUAUGCUAAGCAGUCCUAUACCUUUGGCUUCAACGGCGGUGGAUCAUUGGAAGGUUAUUUUAAGAGUUCGACUUUUCCCCUCUACGGCAAGAUCUGGCACGAGAUGGUCGUCCCGAAUCCUACGAGUCUACAGACAUCUAUGGACGGCUUGGACCAGGUGCUGAGUAGACGCCACACCUUCAUGAUCAACGAAGUGUAUUUUCUGAGCAAGUACUUCCACUGCGGCUUCUAUGUCCUCCCGGGAGAGUACUUCCGCGCCCCGAAAACUUGGCCGAUCCAGAAGGACUCUCCGCUCUUUCCCGUUUUUAAUUACCAGUGA